ACCGAGAAACGUUUCAUUCGUGUCAGUCAGCGAAGUGUGUGUAACACGUAACGUUGCUUUGAAAAAUAACGAAGAAACAUAGAAAAAAUUAAAAAAUGUAUAACAAUAAUUAAAUAAAAAGAAAAAGCAAGUUUCUUUAUAAGAUGAAAAGUGAUCGAUGAUAUCGCGAUCGUUGUCAAUUUUUUUCGUACGAGACGCUUUGAAUUUUGUUCGAAAAAUUUGUAGAACUUGUUAACGUAAAAUUCACUAAUCAUUGGAAAUUCGCAGUUUAUUCGAGACGAAGAAUUUCUUUGGCUGGCAGGCAGCUUGAUCGACCACGUAUUUGAAAUAUCAACGGCACACGUGAGCGUCGAGGCACGUGCACGCUAAAUCCACGACCCGUGGAAUACGCAUGUACGUGCUUAUAUGUUAGAGAAAGUUUCUAAACCAUGCUGAAGAAAAAAGACGUGAAAGAUACAUGCGCUAUUUCAAAGAUAUAUUGGAACAAAACGAACGGUGUAUUUUCUUCGUCUCAUCAUCUUUAUUUAACUGCAAUAGCGGAAAACCUUACGGACUCUGAAAUCAAACAAAAUUACAAAUGUUGGCACUUAUAAAUACGUCGAAAUCGACGUACCUCGAUAUUGACAGUGAAGGCUUCAAUACCGCAUUGACAUUGUCGAACGAGAAGACAACGGUAGAGCAGAGGAAGGAACGUCGGGAAGUCGAGGACAAUGCGUGGACGAAGAGUCUUCAACUUCUGAGGAUCAGAGGUUCACCGCAUUUGUUGCCGGAAGAUAUACUAACGUUGGUGAAUCACUGUCGAUGUCUUCGUGAAUUAUCCAUGUCUUAUACUUUAUUAAGCGACGAUUUACUGAUGGCUUUGUGCACCGAAAAAGAAAUCAAUUUGGAGACAUUAAAAAUAGAAGUACAUUCUGAAAUAAGACCACUUCCUGUUAUCGAUGAAAAAGUAUGGACAACAUUCGUCGAUCGGUUUCCAAACAUCAAUCUCGUUUUAUUGUCUUACAUAACUGAUGAAGAAGAACACGAAUCCCUUUUCACGUCACAUAUUCCAGUGACGCACUUAUAUUUUGGAGAAGCGCCAUCGGAGUCAAUAGCAUUGCGAAUUCACAGUUAUUGUCCGCGAUUAAUGGAACUCGUUAUAGCUGCUUACGGACCUGGCCUUAUUGAUGAUGUUUUAAUUAACGUUGCUAGAGGAUGUCCUCAUCUUAAUGCCAUUGGUUUGGGCGAUUGUGAAAUUAGUUGUACGGGUCUUCUAGAAUUUGUUACCUUAUGCGCCGAACGCUUAAAAAUACUUUAUAUCCGCGAGACAUCUUUAAUAGAGAAUUCAGAAUUGGAUGUCUUGGAUGUAACAGCUAAGGUUUCUUCUCUCCUUGGAGACACUUGGGUACCUGAAUAUAUACCUUUAUGGUGAAAUGAUUAAAUAACGGGAAAUGUUGAAAUAAUAAGG